AUGGUGACUGCUGACUCAGGUGGGGUUCCAUCUUAGAUAGAUACAACAGCUCUCAAACAGAGAGGAUAUUUAGAGAGUGUUUUAGGGAAAACCGUUGGAAGUUUAGUUUCCCAAGCAAAUGCAAACAGGCCAGUUUAUAAAGGAUAUAUUUAUGAGUAGACCCAUAUAUGAGUGUAUUUGAAAACUAAACUUCCAACGGUUUUCCCUAAAAUAUUCUCUAUACCCCCCUCUCUGUACAUGUACGUUAGAAACACCUUUUGUAUCCUCUGCUAUUUCUAGAUAACAAUCAUUUGAGUAUUUUCAACCAAGGCAUAUCACCACUUUAUUAAACUAUAUUAGAGGUGUUCCAUGUUUAGAUGGAAAAAUGUGUUUUCAUCAAUUAACUUAAUCACUUGGUCUAGGAGAAACAGAUUGGAACAUAUUUGCUUCAAUUUAUCUUAAUUUAUCUUUAGAGAUGGAUUGUGAAAUCAGCAAAGUGGCCGGGCACACUUAGUGAUGGAGAGCAAAAUUGGUUGUCAUGGAAACGCAGCUAUUAUAUUAUAUUAAAAUCUAAGAGGUGCCUCUUGAAAGGUCUCAGGGGGUCCUGUAGCGACCAUUUAAGAAUGAUAUUGACCGUGACAAAAAACUAAACAUUAAUCCAGUUCUCCACUCUGGAGAGAAAUACAGUACAUAUUCACCGUUUCCACCCGCACUGUGAAACUGGACACCAGUCAGAGUACCUCAAUUAUUAGUUGAUAUCUUGAAUUCGCCAUACAGGAAAAUGUGAAAAUUAUUGAAUUGUUACAUCUUUUGAAUGUCACUCUGCCUGAAAUGAUGCAUGGUAUACAGUGGGGGAAAAAAGUAUUUAGUCAGCCACCAAUUGUGCAAGUUCUCCCACUUAAAAAGAUGAGAGAGGCCUGUAAUUUUCAUCAUAGGUACACGUCAACUAUGACAGACAAAAUGAGAAAAAAAAAUCCAGAAAAUCACAUUGUAGGAUUUUGUAAUGAAUUUAUUUGCAAAUUAUGGUGGAAAAUAUGUAUUUGGUCAAUAACAAAAGUUUCUCAAUACUUUGUUAUAUACCCUUUGUUGGCAAUGACACAGGUCAAACAUUUUUCUGUAAGUCUUCACAAGGUUUUCACACACUGUUGCUGGUAUUUUGGCCCAUUCCUCCAUGCAGAUCUCCUCUAGAGCAGUGAUGUUUUGGGGCUGUCGCUGGGCAACACGGACUUUCAACUCCCUCCAAAGAUUUUCUAUGGGGUUGAGAUCUGGAGACUGGCUAGGCCACUCCAGGACCUUGAAAUGCUUCUUACGAAGCCACUCCUUCGUUGCCCGGGCGGUGUGUUUGGGAUCAUUAUCAUUGCCUCUUGAAAGACCCAGCCACGUUUCAUCUUCAAUGCCCUUGCUGAUGGAAGGAGGUUUUCACUCAAAAUCUCACGAUACAUGGCCCCAUUCAUUCUUUCCUUUAUACGGAUCAGUCGUCCUGGUCCCUUUGCAGAAAAACAGCCCCAAAGCAUGAUGUUUCCACCCCCAUGCUUCACAGUAGGUAUGGUGUUCUUUGGAUGCAACUCAGCAUUCUUUGUCCUCCAAACACGACGAGUUGAGUUUUUACCAAAAAGUUCUAUUUUGGUUUCAUCUGACCAUAUGACAUUCUCCCAAUCCGCUUCUGGAUCAUCCAAAUGCACUCUAGCAAACUUCAGACGGGCCUGGACAUGUACUGGCUUAAGCAGGGGGACACGUCUGGCACUGCAGGAUUUGAGUCCCUGGCGGCGUAGUGUGUUAUUGAUGGUAGGGUUUGUUACUUUGGUCCCAGCUCUCUGCAGGUCAUUCACUAGGUCCCCCCGUGUGGUUCUGGGAUUUUUGCUCACCGUUCUUGUGAUCAUUUUGACCCCACGGGGUGAGAUCUUGCGUGGAGCCCCAGAUCGAGGGAGAUUAUCAGUGGUCUUGUAUGUCUUCCAUUUCCUAAUAAUUGCUCCCACAGUUGAUUUCUUCAAACCAAGCUGCUUACCUAUUGCAGAUUCAGUCUUCCCAGCCUGGUGCUUGUCUACAAUUUUGUUUCUUGUGUCCUUUGACAGCUCUUUGGUCUUGGCCAUAGUGGAGUUUGGAGUGUGACUGUUUGAGGUUGUGGACAGGUGUCUUUUAUACUGAUAACAAGUUCAAACAGGUGCCAUUAAUACAGGUAACGAGUGGAGGACAGAGAAGCCUCUUAAAGAAGAAGUUACAGGUCUGUGAGAGCCAGAAAUCUUGCUUGUUUGUAGGUGACCAAAUACUUAUUUUCCACCAUAAUUUGCAAAUAAAUUCAUUAAAAAUCCUACAAUGUGAUUUUCUGGAUUUUUUUUCCCUCAUUUUGUCUGUCAUAGUUGACGUGUACCUAUGAUGAAAAUUACAGGCCUCUCUCAUCUUUUUAAGUGGGAGAACUUACACAAUUGGUGGCUGACUAAAUACUUUUUUCCCCCACUGUAGCUGUAUGUUUUUAAUGAAUCUCCCUCCCUGGGAGUGUUGGCUAGAGCGAUACUGGGGGUAAAGGAUGGGAGGCACAAGUGACAGAGGACAAGGUGCCUGACGGCAUUUUUCCUGUCAACCUCUAAUUAUUAAAGCUGCCAUUGCAAUACAAGUCCCUCUCUGUAUGUUUCACAUCCCGCUCACACACGCACACACACAUAAACACACACACAUAUACACACACACACACACUGACACACUUUCUCUCUCUCACACACACAGACUUUCUCUCUCACAAAGGCGAGCUGUAUUGAAAAAUCACCCUCUACCUCUCAAUAUGGAGCCAGCCAGCAAAGCCUUCCAAUUAGUACAGGGCCUGGUGCAUUAUAUAUCAUUACUAAUGUACAGAGAGAGGCCAUCAUUCAUCAGAGUGGGGCGAGACAAGGACCUCCCCGCGUCUAGAUAUGGAGGACAGACACACUGAGCCUGAGCCAUGGGCCAUACACUUGAUUUAUAUGUGCGUUAAAUGCUUGACGCUUUGAAUUGGUACUAAUAUUUAUAUAAAUGUAAAUUGAGGAAUAUUAGCAGCCUGAGUAGGGGAGCCACGCUAAGGCAUAUAAGACACAUAAGACAUACGGAGGGAGCUUGUAGCUUGUAGCUUGUAGCAGUGUCUUGGCUUUGUAGCAGCUUCAUCCUCUGAGUCGUCCCUGGUGUGUAGAAAUUGUAUGGUGACGGGGGUUGUCAGGGAGAGGAGAGGAGAGGAGCAACAGGGGGCUAAAGAACUGCCAGUGGGUUAUUGAUGAUGGUCAACACUCACCACCACAGCACAGAAAGUAAUACUUUUAAAGUCUCAUCACUUACACACAGAGAUGGUUCAUUGUGAGGGCUUUUAUCAGGAAAAUGAAUCUAGACCGGCAGACCCUGCCAAACCAUAAAUUAUGCUCACAAAUGAUUUUUUCUUUUUAAGAAGUCAUCUUUUAUGGUGUCAUUUUUAUAUUAGAUCCAGGCUUGUAAAGCUUAUUGUCUUGUAUAGUUUCACAUUUCACUGCAAAGUGCUCUGGCACUUGAUGUUUGACGGCUUCUUACUCUACAUGUAAAAAGUUGGUAGGCUACAUUGACUUUUCAAGGUGUGGGCACUGCUCUCUUUUUACUAUCAACAUAAACAUGCAUGGAUCUCAAUAUGGUCACUUGACCACACGAUUAAGUGGUAAUCACUCUAUGGUUUACGUGUUAACACGGUACUUCAUGUAUUACAACCAUAUCACACAUACCUACAGUACAGUAUAUCAUUAUUCUCCCAUGCAGUAUCAAAACCAUUCAUUGGGCUGGGGCUGCCCUCGCAAUAGAACCAUGAGUGCAUCCGAAAUGGCACCCUUUCCCCUAUAUAGUGUACUAAUUUUGACCAGUCUUAUGUCUUAUGGGCCCUGGUAAAAAGUAGUGCACUAUAAAGGGAAUAGGGUGCCAUUUGGGAUGAAUACAGUACCAUGUGAAAUCAGCCUUCUCUAUCUAGGAACACAAAUUAUCCCCUGUGCCACUCCACACUAUAAUAAUCAGAGUAAUGCUCCAACAGAGCUCAUAUUACCAUUAGUUUGAAGAAGAAAGUAUUGCAAUGGCGUUCAACGUGUCUGACUCGUAAAUUGCCCAGUCUAUAAUUCACAUUCACAUCAUAACCCUCAACUAACAAGCCCACUGGUGCUGAAACACACCACCACCCCCCAACCCAUCACAAAUGACUCUGAUGUUGCUUUAGUUAGACGUCCGUAGGGUGAAAAAAGAGCCCUGUGUCUUUAAGGCCAGUCGGUUGGCUCGUGCCUUCCCUCCUUCCCUAAUGAAAAUGCUCAGUUCGAAGAGGCUCUGAUCUUGUGUUUUAGUCAAAUAGAACUCUGCAGCUGACUGGCAGCUCUGAUCUAAAGCAUUUAAGUGUACGUUUUGAUCUCUUUGCCUUUGAUUAAAACUAAUGAGCUCAUUUAAUUCAAAAUGGGAAUCUGUGAUAAGAGAAAUAAGGUUGAUGUGAUUGGAUUAGAGAGGCGAAUUAAACUCCUAGAGCUGCUGCUGAAGUUUGUGGCUGCUGCUGCUUAUGCAGUGUAUUAAAAAGCUGUUGGCGUAUUCUGCUGUGUUAGAUGAUGAGCAAAAUUUCAUAGUAAUUCAUAUUUAAUCAGAAGAAAUGAAAUGACUAAAUAUAACAUGGCUCUGGCUUCUCCCCAGAGUGAUAAAGGACUGGUUAGAUUUUAAAUGACAUUUAAUUCAUGUCCUCAGAAAAGAAGAGAAAAAAACGACGCCUUGUGAAAGAGAAUGGCAGCAGCCCUUACCCCUCCCCCCAGCCUCCUCACCCAUCCUUUCAUCCCUCCAGCCCCACCCUCCUCCUUUACACUGAUCACAUUGUUUCCAGUUCCAGAGACCCAAAGUCACUGCAGCCUUGUUAUAUGCAGAGUAGAAGAAAACCGGAUUUUCCAGGUGUGCUGUUUUAGUAAUCCCAUUUCAAUGUAAUCUCCUAGUCUUGUCCAUGGCUGUGUGUCUGCCUGUCUGCCUGUAGAGUAAAGUGGAGGCUGUUUAAUGUCCUGUCCAGCUCUGGGGACAGAGACAGUCAGGGGAGACACACUCAUCCACACACACACACACACACACACAUGCUUGUUUAACUAACCUUGUGGGGACACAACAUUGCGUCCCAUUCAAAAUCCUAUUUUCCCUAACCCCUAACCCUAAACCUAACCCUAAACUUAACCCUAACCCUAACCCUGACUCCUAACCCUAAUGCUAAACCUUACCUUUAACCCCUAAUUCUAACCCUAACACUAAUUCUAACCUUAACCCUAAACCCCCUAGAAAUAGCCUUUUUCCUUGUGGGGUCCCCAAAUGUCCUCAAUUUUUCUUAGUUUCCUAUUCUUGUGGGGACUUCUGGUCCCCACAAGUAUAGUUAAACACGUCCACACACACACGCACACACACACACACACAGUCAGCGAGACAAGGAGGGGCGGGCCUGUCUACACCUAUAUUAUCUCCCCUGAUGGAUUGAAUGUUAUGUAUAUGCAUUUGAUUAUUAAGCCUUGAUCAGGAGCGCAGGAACACAGAGUGACAAAUUGACCGUUUCACCUUUGACAAAUACAGUGGGGGAAAAAAGUAUUUAGUCAGCCACCAAUUGUGCAAGUUCUCCCACUUAAAAAGAUGAGAGAGGCCUGUAAUUUUCAUCAUAGGUACACGUCAACUAUGACAGACAAAAUGAGGAAAAAAAAUUCCAGAAAAUCACAUUGUAGGAUUUUUAAUGAAUUUAUUUGCAAAUUAUGGUGGAAAAUAUGUAUUUGGUCAAUAACAAAAGUUUCUCAAUACUUUGUCAUAUACCCUUUGUUGGCAAUGACACAGGUCAAACGUUUUCUGUAAGUCUUCACAAGGUUUUCACACACUGUUGCUGGUAUUUUGGCCCAUUCCUCCAUGCAGAUCUCCUCUAGAGCAGUGAUGUUUUGGGGCUGUCGCUGGGCAACACAGACGUUCAACUCCCUCCAAAGAUUUUCUAUGGGGUUGAGAUCUGGAGACUGGCUAGGCCACUCCAGGACCUUGAAAUGCUUCUUACGAAGCCACUCCUUCGUUGCCCGGGCGGUGUGUUUGGGAUCAUUGUCAUGCUGAAAGACCCAGCCACGUUUCAUCUUCAAUGCCCUUGCUGAUGGAAGGAGGUUUUCACUCAAAAUCUCACGAUACAUGGCCCCAUUCAUUCUUUCCUUUACACGGAUCAGUCGUCCUGGUCCCUUUGCAGAAAAACAGCCCCAAAGCAUGAUGUUUCCACCCCCAUUCUUCACAGUAGGUAUGGUGUUCUUUGGAUGCAACUCAGCAUUCUUUGUCCUCCAAACACGACAAGUUGAGUUUUUACCAAAAAGUUCUAUUUUGGUUUCAUCUGACCAUAUGACAUUCUCCCAAUCCUCUUCUGGAUAAUCCAAAUGCACUCUAGCAAACUUCAGACGGGCCUGGACAUGUACUGGCUUAAGCAGGGGGACAUGUCUGGCACUGCAGGAUUUGAGUCCCCGGCGGCGUAGUGUGUUACUGAUGGUAGGCUUUGUUGCUUUGGUCCCAGCUCUCUGCAGGUCAUUCACUAGGUCCCCCCGUGUGGUUCUGGGAUUUUUGCUCACCGUUCUUGUGAUCAUUUUGACCCCACGGGAUGAGAUCUUGCGUGGAGCCCCAGAUCGAGGGAGAUUAUCAGUGGUCUUGUAUGUCUUCCAUUUCCUAAUAAUUGCUCCCACAGUUGAUUUCUUCAAACCAAACUGCUUACCUAUUGCAGAUUCAGUCUUCCCAGCCUGGUGCAGGUCUACAAUUUUGUUUCUGGUGUCCUUUGACAGCUCUUUGGUCUUGGCCAUAGUGGAGUUUGGAGUGUGACUGUUUGAGGUUGUGGACAGGUGUCUUUUAUACUGAUAACAAGUUCAAACAGGUGCCAUUAAUACAGGUAACGCGUGGAGGACAGAGGAGCCUCUUAAAGAAGAAGUUACAGGUCUGUGAGAGCCAGAAAUCUUGCUUGUUUGUAGGUAACCAAAUACUUAUUUUCCACCAUAAUUUGCAAAUAAAUUCAUUAAAAAUCCUACAAUGUGAUUUUCUGGAAAAAUUUUUUUUCUCAAUUUGUCUGUCAUAGUUGACGUGUACUUAUGAUGAAAAUUACAGGCCUCUCUCAUCUUUUUAAGUGGGAGAACUUGCACAAUUGGUGGCUGACUAAAUACUUUUUUUCCCCCACUGUAGGUAUCCUUGUUGUGUUCUGUUGCCGAGACUGACCUCAGUUAUGGUCGUGUUUAAAUGCGUUGAGAUGAACAUGUAUGUUUAGAAUUGACUUGAGAUCUUGAACUUUGUUGAAGCAAGGAUGAAUAUAUUUGUUUAGAAUUAGAUGAGCUCUAAUUAAUUGACAAUGUCACGCUUGUUUGUUUGUGCAUAUAAAAAAAACUUGAAUCAACUCUAAGAAGUAUUUCCAGUACAUUAAAUUGCAAUAUUGUACUUCAUGGAGAACACAUACUACACUUGGGCUGAAUGAAGAGAAACAUGCACUUGACUUUUUAACAAUUACAGUGUUAGACGAAGCAGAGGUUGUACGCUAUUACAGAACAUAAUUAAAACAUUGUCCAACUUAUAUUGGCAACUUGUAUUGUGUUGUUUUCCAUUAGAAGAUUACCUGGGAGAUGAUAGUAAGUCAAUGAGAACGUAUUACAUCUGCACUAUCUUACUUAAUAUCGCCCUACCUCUCUUAGGCUUUACUACUAAAUACUACUACAAAACACACAGACGUAUUGGCCAGGUAAUGUAAAGUAACUGUGUGUGUGUGUGUGUGUGUUUGCCUCCACAGUUGAGUCCACCAGCCCCAGCCUACUUUCCCCAGACAACACUCUAGAGCGCUCUUUCUUCAUCCGUAUGAAGUCCACACUGACCAAGAGAGGUGUCCACAUCAAGUCUUCAGGCUAUAAGGUAAGACCCAGAGGCACAGUGGCCAAGCCAUAGAGAUCCUAUAAUUCACAUCCCCACAGCAGUGUGGUGUUACAUACAGUGCAUUCGGAAAGUAUUCAGACCCCUUGACUUUUUCCACAUUUUGUUAUGUUUACAGCCUUAUUCUAAAAUGGAUUAAAUCGUUUUUUUCCCUCGUCAAUCUACACACAAUACCCCAUAAUGAAAAAGCAAAAACAGGUUUUUAUAAAUGUUUAAAUAAAAUAAAAACUGAAGAAUUACAUUUACAUAAGUAUUUAGACCCUUUACUCAGUACUUUGUUGAAGCACCUUUGGCAGCGAUUACAGCCUCGAGUCUUCUUGAAUAUGAUGCUACAAGCUUGGCACACCUGUAUUUGGGGAGUUUCUCCCAUUCUUCUCAGCAGAUCCUCUCAAGCUCUGUCAGGUUGGAUGGGGAGCGUUGCUGCACAGCUAUUUUCAGGUCUCUCCAGAGUUGUUCGAUCGGGCUCAAGUCCGGGCGCUGGCUGGGCCACGCAAGGACAUUCAGAGACUUGUCCCGAAGCCAAUCCUGCGUUGUCUUUGCUGUGUGCUUAUGGUCGUUGUCCUGUUGGAAGUUGAACCUUCACCCCAGUCUGAGGUCCUGAGCGCUCUGGAGCAGGUUUUCUUCAUGGAUCUCUCUGUACUUUGCUCCGUUCAUCUUUCCCUCGAUCCAGACUAGUCUCCCAGUCCCUGCCGCUGAAAAACAUCCCCACAGCAUUAUGCUGCUACCACCAUGCUUCACCAUAGGGAUAGUGCCAGGUUUAUUCCAGACGUGCUGCUUGGCAUUCAGGCCAAAGAGUUCAAUCUUGGUUUUAUCAGACCAGAUAAUUUUGUUUCUCAUGGUCUGAGAGUCCUUUAGGUGCCUUUUGGCAAAUCUCCAAGCGGGCUGUCAUGUGCCUUUUACUGAGGAGUGGCUUCUGUCUGGCCACUCUACCAUAAAGGCCUGAUUGGUGGAGUGCUGCAGAGAUGCUUGUCCUUCUGGAAAGUUCUCCCAUCUCCACAGAGGAACUCUGGAGCUCUGUCAGAGUGACCAUCGGGUUCUUGGUCACCUCCCUGACCAAGGCCCUUCUCCCCCGAUUGCUCAGUUUGGACGUGCGGCCAUCUCUAGGAAGAGUCUUGGUGGUUCCAAACUUCUUCCAUUUAAGAAUGAUGGAGGCCACUGUGUUCUUGGGGACCUUCAAUGCUGCAGAAAUGUUUCAGUACCCUUCCCCAGACCUGUGCCUCAACACAGUCCUGUCUCUGAGCUCUACGGACAAUUCCUUCGACCUCAUGGCUUGGUUUUUGCUCUGACAUGCACUGUCAACUGUGGGACCUUAUAUAGACAGGUGUGUGCCUUUCCAAAUCAUAUCCAAUCAAUUGAAUUUAUCACAGGUGGACUCCAAUCAACAUCUCAAGGAUGAUCAAUGGAAAAAGGAUGCACCUGAGUUCAAUUUCGAGUCUUAUAACAAAGGGUCUGAAUACCUAAAUAAGGUAUUUCUGUUUUUUAUUUUAAAUACAUUUGCUAACAUUUCAAAAAACCUCUUUUCACUUUGUCAUUAUGGGGUAUUGUGUGUAGAUUGAUUAUUUAUUUAAUCCAUUUUAGAAUAAGGCUGUAAAAUGUGGAAAAAGUCAAGGUGUCUGAAUACUUUCCCAAGGCACUGUAUAAACACUGUAUAUCAAACAUUAGGAGCACCUUCCUAAUAUUGAGUUGCACCCCCCCUUUGCCCUCAGAACAGCCUCAAUUCAUCGGGGCAUGGACUCUACAAGGUGUCAAAAGCGUUCCACAGGGAUGCUGGCCCAUGUUCUUAAGGUUUUGUAUACUCAGUGUAUGGUGUUCUAUAUGUAAUUCUACGGGCCCUGAAGUCAUCAUCAUACUCAUAGCAUGACGGAAAACUUGUAGCUGUCGGUGUUAACGUUAUUUAUAGAGAAAAAGUCACGCAGGCUCAACAGUAAGUUGAUAAGAUGUGUGGCUUCUGGGGGCUUUGGAACAGAGAUAUAGGAUUAAGGCUGAUGCUAUGGUCAGUAAGGACACACAGGGACGAGCCCAGCCUCAUCCUGAUGCCCCUAUCUCUCUCCAAGGAUCUCCCUAUCAUCUCUGUCUCUUUGUCUGUUUCUGGCCUCAUUCUGGCUUUAUCCCACCCUAAUGCACUUUGUGUUCUCAAGGGUAAACCCAACAGCAGUAGAGCGGGAUUGGAUAUAUCUCUCCAAUGCCUUUAUUGUAUAUUGUAUUUGCAGUAGCAAAGUUUGCCGGACUAAGAAUGAAAAGGUAUAAAUAAAUUGACCGUCUGGCACCAAAAAUUGUGUUUUCGUUGGUCUUGGACGGUAAUGGCUGGCUAUGGUAGUGAACUAAGGCUCUUCCUGACAGAAAGAAAGCGAGAGAGAGAGAGAGAAUCCAAACGUCUCUUUACAUAGUUCUACAUCUCCCAUGUUGUUUGCCAUGUCCACCCAGACAUAUGCAAAUAACCAUGAAGAAUGGACGCCAUGGUGCCCAGGCAUAUAUAUUCACAUACGCACACAUGCAUACAUUACAGGCCAGACAAGGACACCUCUUAUUGCGUUUACUUUAAAUUAAGUCAACACUUGUGUUGUUACAGGCGGGUGGUAGGUAGGUAUGAAUUUUGCAUACGGCAUCCACCAGGCAUUAGGUGAUCUGCUUCUCCAGCCGAGAGCCCGGGCGACGAAGCGAGGUGAGGCACGACAGUAUCGGCGGCACGCAUCAUGGCCGCUUAUAUCCCCACUUCACUCUGGAGGUCAAAUCAAAGUGAAUUCUGCUCUAGCUUUAAACCCAUCUUUUUUAAACAGAUCUCAGCCCAUCUCAUUUAAUGCGCUCAUGUAAAGGUUCUCCAUCAUUAUUUGUGCUGUAUCACAUUUCAAAAGCACUCCAGAGAAUCCCCGGGAACAGAUGAAUCUUAUUUCUUAUGUAUACCUCUUCUAUAUUCACUGGCGGGGUAGAGAGUGCAUUGUGUGCUGAACCAUGAAUUAUAAAAAUUGAUCCCUUUGUUAUGUUGGCUUGUAUUAAAUUGAGAUAUGCUAUUCGUCUGCCUCUCACUGCCGCUGUUGUGAACCCUUGCCGUGUCAGUUUGCAUUUAGCUGCUUGAGCAUAUUUAAUGUUUCGCCAGAGCUUAUGAUGUUCUUGCCAAGAGCACUCCUGCAGCAAUCUAGCUGCCUGCCGUUUGCUUUGUGGCAAUUACUUGAAAAGUUGUAUUUUUCAAACUAACUUUUGAUGCCUCAAGCUUUGGGCUUCUGAAAAGAUCAUUUCCAUUUUGUAUGUUUUUAAUACAUUUGAGUUUAUUUAUUUAACAGAGAGCUCCUUUGUAUUAAUUUGAGUGAAGCAGAGCGGUGUGUAUUUUAUUUUGCAUGGGCUGACGUCCUCUGGAGGGGGGCUGGUGUUUACCAGAAGCAAAGCAUCAUGGGCUUGUUUCAUCCAGCCAGUCCAGUCAUUAGACAUCUUCCUCUGCCCUGGUCUCAUUGUGCUGCUGUGAUGUCUUAUUGAAACCUGCCAACCAACAGCCUUGUCAAAUGUGUGUCAGCACCUGCCUGACUGUCACUCUGGGGUCUGAUCAAGAUAGACAGCAUACUGUCUGACUGAUGUGUGAGGCUGAUCAGCAUACUGAUCAAGUACUAUUUGAAAUAAUUUCAAAUACUAAAGAUGGGCUUGAUUGAGCUUGCCUGGCACACUGGAACUAAUAGAAAAGUUGGAAAAUAGCAAAACCCUGCCCAUCCAGCAUUUCAGACAGGCUAAAGCAAACGCUAAAAGUAUUUGAAAGAUGUCAAAUAGGAUUUGAACCCAGGUCUGAGGAGGCUGAUUUGCUGCAUAGAUUUCACAUUUACAUGUUGGCAGACACUCUUAUCCAGAGCAACUUACAGGAGAAACUAGGGUGAAGUGCCUUGCUCAAGGGCACAUCUGCAAAUGUUUCACCUAGUCAGCUUGGGGAUUCAAACCAGCAAUCAUUUGGUUAGUGGCCCAAUGCUCUAAACAACUAGGCUACCUGCCGCCCUAGAUCUGUUCAACACUUUGCUGCACAACGGACUGUAGGGAACUCUCAUAUGCAUUCAACAGUGAUUCUGAAUGGACCAGACUUUGAGUGACGUGAUACAUACAUGAUGUCAAAUAUUACAGGAAUUACUGUAGCUACAAAAUAUUGGGGACAUACAGUGCCUUCAGAAAGUAUUCAUACCUCUUUACUUAUGCCAGAAUUCACAAUGGAUUAAGUAAAUAUUGUUUCUCACCCAUCUACACACAAAGUGAAAACAUGUUUUUUGAAAUUUUAGCAAAUGUAUUUAAAAUUAAAUACAGAAAUAUAAUUUACAUAAAUAUUCACAGCCCUGAGUCAAUACUUUGUAAAAGCACCUUUGGCGCCGAUUACAGCUGUGAUUAUUUUGGGGUAAGUCUGUAAGAGCUUUGCACACCUGGAUUGUACAACAUUUGCCCAUUAUUCUUUUUUAAAUUGUCAAGUUGAUUGUUGAUCAUUGUUAGACAGCCAUUUUUCAAGUCUUGCCAUAGAUCUACAAGCCGAUUUAAGUCAAAACUGUAACUUGGCCACUCAGGAACAUUCAAUGUCGUCUUGGUAAGCAACUCCAGCGUAGAUUUGGUCUUGUGCUUUAGGUUAUUGUCCUGCUGAAAGGUGAAUUAAUCUCCAAGUGUCUGGUGGGAAGCAGACUGAACCAGGUUUUCCUCUAGGAUUUUGCCUGUGGUUAUAGUUGUAUUCCGUUUCUUUUUAUCCUAAAAAACUUUGUAGUCCUUGCCAAUGGCAAGCAUACCCAUAACAUGAUGCAGCCACCACCAUGCUUGAAAAUAUGAAGAGUGGUACUCAGUGACGUGUUGUUUUGGAUUUGCCCCAAACAUAACGCUUUGUAUUCAGGACAAAAAGUUCAUUUCUUUGCCACGUUUUUUGCAGUAUUACUUAAGUGCCUUGUCACAAACAGGAUGCAUGUUUUGGAAUAUGUUUAUUAUGUACAGGCCUCCUUCUUUUCACUCUGUCCUGUAGGUAAGUAUUGUGGAGUAAUUACAAUGUUCUUGAUCCAUCCUCAGUUUUCUCAUAUCACAAUCAUUAAACUCUGUAACUGUUUUAAAAUCACCAUUAGCCUCAUUGUGAAAUCCCUGAGCAGUUUCCUUGCUCUCCGGCAACUGUUACGAAAGACGCCUGUAUCUUUGUAGUGACUGGAUGUAUUGAUACACCAUCCAAAGCCUAAUUAAUAACUUCACCAUGCUCAAAGGGAUAUUCAGCAUCUGCUACCAACUGGGCGCCCUUCCUUCUCCUCCCUGGUCUUUGUGGUUGAAUCUGUGCUUGAAAUUCACUACUCGAUUGAGGGACCUUACAGAUAAUUGUAUGUGUGGGGUACAGAGAUGGGGUAGUCAUUCAAAAAUCAUCUUUUGAACAUGGAAUGUGUCCAUGCAACUUCUUACGCGAUUUGUUAAGCACAUUUUUACUCCUGAACUUAUUUAGGCUUGCCAUAUCAAAGGGGUUGAAUACUUGACUCAAGACAUUUCAGCUUUACAUUUUUUAUUAAUUUCAAAAUUUAAAUAAAAACUAAAUUCCAGUUUGACAAUAUGGGGUAUUGUGUGUAGAUCCGUGACACAAAAUCUAAAUUUAAUCAAUUUAAAAUUCAGGCUGUAACACAACAAAUUGUGGAAAAGUAAAGGGGUGUGAAUACUUUCUGAAGGCACUGUAUACACUACCAGUCAACAGUUUGGACACACUUACUCAUUCAAGGGUUUUUCUUUAUUUUUACAAUGUUUUACAUUGUAGAAUAAUAGUGAAGACAUCAAAACUAUGAAAUAACACAUAUGGAAUCAUGUAGUAACCAAAAAAGUGUUAAACAAAUGAAAAUAUAUUUUAUAUUUGAGAUUCUUCAAAUAGCCACCCCUUUGCCUUGAUGACAGCUUUGCAUACUCUUGGCAUUCUCUCAACCAGCUUCAUGAGGUAGUCACUUGGAAUGUAUUUCAAUUAACAGGUGUGCCUUCUUAAAAGUUAAUUUGUGGAAUUUCUUUCCUUCUUAAUGCGUUUGAGCCAAUCAGUUGUGUUGUGACAAGGUAGGGGGGUAUACAGAAGAUAGCCCUAUUUGGUAAAAUACCAGGUACAUAUUAUGGCAAGAACAGCUCAAAUAAGCAAAGAGAAACAACAGUCCAUCAUUACUUUAAGACAUGAAGGUCAGUCAAUACGGAAAAUUUCAACUUUGAACGUUUCUUCAAGUGCAGUCGCAUAAACCAUCAAGCGCUAUGUUGAAACCGCCACAGGAAAGGAAGACCCAGAGUUAUCUCUGACUGCAGAGGAUAAGUUCAUUAGAGUUACCAGCCUCAGAAAUUGCAGCCCAAAUAAAUGCUUCACAGAGUUCAAGUAACCAACACAUCUCAACAUCAACUGUUCAGAGGAGACUGUGUGAAUCAGGCCUUUAUGGUCGAAUUGCUGCAAAGAAACCACUACUAAAGGACACCAAUAAUAAGAAGAGUCUUGCUUGGGCCAAGAAACACGAGCAAUGGACAUUAGACUGGUGGAAAUGUGCAUGUAUUUCCCACCGUAAAGCAUGGAGAAGUAGGUGUUAUGGUUUGGGGGUGCCUUGCUGGUGACACUGUCUGUGAUUUAUUUAGAAUUCAAGGCACACUUAACCAGCAUGGCUAACACAGCAUUCUGCAGCGAUACGCCGUCCCAUCUGGUUUGGGCUUAGUGGGAAUAUCAUUUGUUUUUCAACAGGACAAUGACCCAACACACCUCCAGGCUGUGUAAGGGCUAUUUUACCAAGAAGGAGAGUGAUGGAGUGCUGCGUCAGAUGACCUGGCCUCCACAAUCCCCCGACCUCAACCAAAUUGAGAUGGUUUGGGAUGAGUCAGACCGCAGAGUGAAGGAAAAGCAGCCAACAAGUGCUCAGCAUAUGUGGGAACUCCUUCAAGACUGUUGGAAAAGCAUUCCAGGUGAAGCUGGUUGAAAGAAUGACAAGAGUGUGCGAAGCUGUCAUCAAGGCAAUGGGUGGCUAUUUAACACUUUUUUGGUUACUACAUGAUUCCAAAUGUGUUAUUUCAUAGUUUUGAUGUCGUCACUAUUAUUCUACAAUGUAGAAAAUAGUAAAAAUCAAGAAAAACCCUUGAAUGAGUAGGUGUUCUAAAACUUUUGACCGGUAGUGUAUAUCUAUCACAUAUGUAACUCGUAUAGAAUAUACAGCAUCUUACACAUAAAAUAUAUCUAACACGUACACUAAAUAUACAAAAGUAUGUGGACACCCCUUCAAAUGAGUGGAUUCGGCUAUUUCAGCCACACUCGUUGCUGACAGUUAUAUAAAAUCGAGCACACCGCCAUGCAAUCUCCAUGGACAAACAUUGGCAGUAGAAUGGACUUACUGAAGAGCUCAGUGACUUUCAACGUGGCACCGUCAUAGGAUGCCACCUUUCCAACAAGUCAGUUUGUCAAAUUUCUGCCCUUCUAGAGCUGCUCCGGUCAACUGUAAGUGCUGUUAUUGUGAAGUGGAAACGUCUAGGAGCAACAAUGGCUCAGCCGCGAUGGGGUAGGCCACACAAGCUCACAGAACGGGACCGCAGAGUGCAUGUAGACAUGAAAAAAUUAUCUGUCUUCAGUUGAAAUACUCACUACAGAGUUCCAAACUGCCUCUGGAAGCAACGUCAGCACAAGAAUCGUUCAUCGGGAGCUUCAUGAAAUGGGAUUCCAUGGCCGAGCAGCCGCAUACAAGCCUAAGAUCACCAUGCGCAAUGCCAAGCGUCGGCUGGAGUGGUGUAAAGCUCGCCGCCAUUGGAUUCUGGAGCAGUGAAAACGCGUUCUCUGGAUUGAUGAAUCACGCUUCAACAUUUGGCAGUCCGAUGGACGAAUCUGGGUUGGCGGAUGCCAGGAGAACGCUACCUGCCCCAAUGCAUAGUGCCAACUGUAAAGUUUGGUGGAGGAGGAAUAAUGAUCUGGGGCUGUUUUUCAUGGUUCUGGCUAGGCCCCUUAGUUCCAGUGAAGGGAAAUCUUAACGCUACAGCAUAAAAUGACAUUCUAGACAAUUCUGUGCUUUGUGGCAACCAUUUGGGGAAAGCCCUUUCCUGUUUCAGCAUGACAAUGCCCCCGAGCACAAACCGAGGUCCAUACAGAAAUGGUUUGUCGAGAUUUGUGUGGAAAAACUUGACUGGCCUGCACAGAGCCCUGACCUCAACCUCAUCGAACACCUUUGGGAUGAAUUGGAAGACUGACUGCGAGCCAGGCCUAAUCACCAAACAUCAGUGCCCUACCUCACUAAUGCUCUUGUGGCUGAAUGGAAGCAUGUCCCCGCAGCAAUGUUCCAACAUCUAGUGGAAAGCCUUCCCAGAAGAGUGGAGGCUGUUAUAGCAGCAAAGGGUAGACCAACUCCACCCAUGAUUUUGGAAUGAGAUGUUCGACGAGCAGGUAUCCACAUACUUUUGGUCAUGUAGUGUAUAUUUUGCACAGUAGCUGAUUAACAUGUUACAGAAAUUACUGUAACUGCAAAUCAUGGGGGGCAUAUUGAACAGAAUAUAAUCUGCAUGGGUAGCAGAUUGAGAGUACUUUUAACUGUUCUUAACUGUUCUUCACAGUCAUUCCCCUGGUGAUCUUGAACAAGGUCUCACUGCACUCUUCAACUAUCUGUAAGUACUCUAUCUGAGAGCAGCGUGACUUCAAGCACUAAACAGGCUGCAAUCCUCAGCCCCAAAAUGCCUCUCCUAGCAUUCUGUUUUAUGUGUUUUAGCAGGUCUUAGCUCGUACCCACUUUCUACUCUUUUGAUUCUCACACUGUAUAAAAGUGUUCAACUAUGCCAUUGGAUGUCCUAUACAGAGUUUAGUUGCAUUCAAAAUGGGUUUGAAGCGAUAAUUGACUGUUCUUCUUUGUCUGGAGAAACUCCAGGGAAAAGGAGUCAGUAUCAUUUAACUGUGGAAACUGAUGAUGGCUUCUAGCAUGUCACAAUCACUGAUCGUUUCACUUUGAAAAGGAGAUAUCAUACACCAUCAAAACCAUUUUUCUCCUGGGCCAGCAUUCUGACGGGGCCAUUGUAACAUGUCAAUGUUCUGUUAGCUUCCCAAGUUCCAACAACAACGCCAUGUCUGAAAUAGGACUGUUCUUUUUGUGUGUGUAUCUCUCUGUCUCUCUAUCCAAUUGGCAUUCAAUGUCUCGUUCCCAUUGUUGAGGGUUGCCUGUCCCUGGUGAAGCAGGAGAGGCACCGAGGUCCCCCAUGGUCUGAGGCUUUGAAUGAGUUUAGGGAGCAGGAACUGUCUGUGUGAAUGAUGAUAAUCGCGUCUCACCAAUCUCAGAGGUGUGCCACUGAGAGGCCAGUGUCAGUAGUUUAAAGACUACAAAACAAUUCCCCUUGGGUGUACUGGCAGUGAUUAAAAUGGAUGGAUCUGAAAGUGUAGUGUGCAUAUCUAUUCAAUUCCUCCUCUAGGGCAAAAUGGAGCUACAAAGACUUUAAAAUCUGAAACUUUAAAGCUAGCAAUAAUUAGGACCUUCAACUUUCUCUCUUCUCUUGUGUAGAAUAUCAUUUCAGGAGAAAACAUUUGUGUCCUAUCUCCAAUGUCUAUAUUUUUUGUUUAGAAUUCUCCGUCACUGCUUUUGGACUGAAACACUCAGUCUCUUUCUCUCUCUCUCUCUCUGCCUCCCCCCUCUCUCCCUCCUCCUAUAGGUGAUCCAUGUUACAGGCAGGCUGAGGAUACGGAUGGCAUUGACCCACAGUCGGUCGGUACCCAUUCAGAUCAUGGGCAUGGUGGUGGUAGCCCACGCCCUCCCUCCUCCCACCAUCAACGAGGUGCGCAUAGACUGCCAAAUGUUUGUCACCCGGGUCAACAUGGACCUCAACAUUGUCUACUGCGAGAAUAGGUAAGACUUGAUUUGACUUUACCCACAUGGCAGUCAAAUACAUAACUGAAAUACAUGGGUAUUCACCAAGAUAAAAAUACAUUUCAAUGAGGGAUUAAUAGUUUGGAUAAUAAAAUACACAUGAUGAUAAAAUACGUAUCACAGAACUACUCACCUCUUGUGUUAACACUGUGAUCCCCCAUGUCCUUGUUGUCAAUGUUGUUACAACUACAUAAAAGGGGUUCUUACUACCAAUAUAUCCACAAUGGAUUAUGGGUAAAACUUUACAUUACGUUGCUCUUAUACAUGUGUAGGUAGUUACACUCGAAUCACUACAGUGUUAUUACGUAUUAUUUGUAUAGUUUGUUUGUAAUUGGAUAGUAAUAGGCCUAUGUAUUGUACACCUCAUCUUGUCCAUUGUAUUUCUUUGCUACCUGUCCUCAUCUCUAUGGGAUUGGGAUCACUGAGAUUUAUUUUACCACUGUCUACCAGACAGUCAGUUAUUUAUGGGGAAAUCACAUCUGGACAGUCAGUUUUACAGUGAGAUAGCCUCAGCUUUUCGGGAAAAUAAAAUGGGAAACUGAUCAAGACUUCUUUCAUGAGUUUCAUAGGGUUUGUGGGAGACUAGAAAUAUCAGAAAAUAACCGGACAAUAUUUAAGACAGAUAGUAGACAGAUUGCUUUUGGGUGAACAAAAAAAGAAUGGAUAGAUGAUAUUCAAUACUAAGUGAUAGGCAUUUUAUCAUGUGGAAUGGGAAGACAUCCUAGGUUCCAUAAUAGCCUUUUGUCCCUGAAUGUUCUGAGUUAUACGUGGGCUUAUCUGCCUCAGAGUCAUUAGUUUGACAUAUCAGGGUGACAAGAAAAAUUGUCUAUCUGGUUACACUGUAAUGACACCCCAUUCGAAUCUUUCUCUCCGUUGGUGCUUCUUCUCUUGCCUUACAUGCUGAAUCCUUUUCAAAUCCCUGUUCUAGAAUUAGCGACUACAUGGACCUGACGCCAUUGGACAUCGUAGGGAAGAGGUGUUACCAGUUCAUUCAUGCGGAGGACGUGGAAGGCAUCCGGCACAGCCAUUUAGACUGUGAGUAUUAUACUUUAAACGUUACAACAUAUUAUGAACACAUUAUUGCUGAGUAAAGUUCCUGAUUUAGGAUGCUUCUUGUUAUGGGUAGUGGUCCACUCAGAUCAGGACAACCAUCACAAUUAUCUCCAGCGUCAUCUCUCCACCCAACACCAAAGGCAUUGGUAAUCGUCUGCUUCACUGCUAAGCUGUUGUUGUUCAGAACAAAGUUGUUCUGAUCUUGUCAGUGUACAGAAUCUGUGUAAUAGGCCUGUAGAGAGACAACAUCUAGAUGAUCCAAGUGAUCUGCCUCUGUGACCUUCUGGGGUUCGAACUCAGGUCUCCUACCUGCCACAAGACUGGGUUAGCCCACUGAGCUAAAGCCGGAACAGUGUAGAGAGACAACAUCUAGAUGAUCCAUUGUGAUCUGCCUCAGUGACUUACCUUGGACAGGGAAAAUCUCUGGGGGUGGCAACAUCAGGGAUCUAGAAAUAUGUGCCAUUAAAAUAAAUCCUCCCCAUACUGUAGGUCAAUAGGUGACUACAAACCCCAGGGAGGGAAAAGGGAAACCAAGACCCCAGUGAAAGUAAAAUCAAGUUCACUCCCAACAUUCCACUAAAAUGAAAUGGCUGCAUGUCUUCUUUGUUUGUUUAUGUUCAACUUUGAACUAAGUUUACUUUAAGGGUAAUGGUCAUCUUUGCAAAGAUGUCUUUGCAUCUCUACCCCAUCUGAGCAGUUUUAAUAGCCCAUGGCAGGAGGUAUGCUCUGCUUACUUGACCUUUUUUUUCUCAAAACGUGCCGUGAUUUGCUAUGUUUGUUUCGCCAAUGAAACCUUUACUGUGGCUGGUAAAAAUUUAGGAGGCGUUGCGGGAGCAGUGCACCAUUUCAUUGGGCUUCGCAACGUGGAUUCAGUACUAGGCAGGCUGCCAUUUUUGUGAGCUCAGCUGCGUCCUGGGCUUUCCCUUCAUGCUGGAUGCUGGAUUGUAGGGUGUAAAGCGUGUAAAUUCCCUUGCUUUACUAGGUGUUUGCCGGACAGGUAGGACGAGUGUCCUUGGGGUUGCCUCCUCGGCCGGUGAAUUUGGAGCCGUCUGAUUAGAUAUUGGGAGUUCAACUGAAUUAGAGCACAAUUACUGCUGCAUGGAACUGUCCCUUCGCCUUAAAAAGGCACCAGAAUGGGUCCAUUAGCAGCUGAUUUGAAACCCAGCAGAGGGAGAGUAGAGAGAGAGGGCUGACCAUGGAUCACAUUGAUAAGACAGGCUAAGGCAGGCAGAUUGAGGCAGCAGGCUAGGCAGCAGCAGCAAACAGUGGCUGCAUCAUUGCAUAUCUCCAGCUACCCCUGGCUGUCUCUACAUCUGAUACACCCAGGCUUUAAUCAACUUACAGUCAGUGCAUUGGCUUGGAAUUGGUUAAGUGUGCAGUGCUGCUAAAUAUUUAUUUCAUUUAUUUACACUGAACAAACGCAACAUGUAAAGUGUUGGUCCCAUGUUUCAUGAGCUGAAAUAAAACAUCCCCGAAAUGUUCCAUAUGAACAAAAAGCUUAUUUCUCAAAAUGUUGUGCACAAAUGUGUUUACAUCCCUGUUAGUGAGCAUUUCUCCUUUGCCAAGAUAAUCCAUCCACCUGACAGGUGUGGCAUAUCAAGAAGCUGAUUAAACAGCAUGAUCAUUACACAGGUGCACCUUGUGCUGGGGACAAUAAAAUGCCACUUUAAAAUGUGCAGUUUUGCCACACAACACAAUGCCACAGAUGUCUCAAGUUUUGAGGGAGCAUGCUGACUGAAGGAAUGUCCACCAGAGCUGUUGCCAGAGAAUGUAAUGUUAAUUUCUCUACCAUAAGCUGCCUCUAACUUUGUUUUCGAGAAUUUGGCAGUACGUUCAACCGGCCUCACAACCACAGACCAUGUGUAACCACGCCAGCCCAGGACCUCCACAUCAGCUUCUUCAACUGCGGGAUCUCUCUGAGGGAGGGGGGGGGGGGCUGAGGGGUAUUUCUGUCUGUUAUAAAGCCCUUUAGUGGGGAAAAACUCAUUCUGAUUGGCUGGGCCUGGCUCCCCAGUGGAUGGGCCUGGCUGCCAAGUGGGUGGGCCUAUGCCCUCUAAGGCCACCCAUGGCUGCGCCACUGCCCAGUCAUGUGAAAUCCAUAGGUUAGGGCCGAAUGAAUUUAUUUCAAUUGACUUAUUUCCUUAUAUGAACUGUAACUCAUUAAAAUCUUUGAAGUUGUUCCAUGUUGCGUUUAUAUUUUUUUUCAGUAUAUUUAUUUAAUCGUUUAUUUUUGAGUUAGGGACAGAUACAAUUAAAAGAUUGACAUGUUGAAUGAACAAGUCAGAUUAAUUGCAGCAUCGCACUUAAGCGUGCACUAAUAUCCAAUGUUUGUCCCCUUAGUAUGGCUGUUAGUGGAUUCAAUAUUGAUUUCAUCAAGGUAUACUAUACAGUAUCUACUGUUAAAGAACAAAGCCAUGGGAAUUAUUUGAGCAAUUGGGAUUCGUAGAACUAAGGUCUCUCAAUUCCCCCUGACAAAAUAACGACUUUGCUAUGUUCCUAUUUUCUGUUGAUAGUUUCAUCCACACAUUGAUGCUCAUGACAUAUUCCCAUCAUUAUCAUCAUCAGUGAAAUUAUCACCACAUAUCUGAUGAUAACUUGGCCUAUGUGAUGAUAACUAACUGAAAAAGAUGUAGUUAUAGAUGUUAAUGAGCAGCUAUUAGCACCUAACUCGUGCAUCAUAGUGCAUUGGACAUAGCUCAUCAGGUAUCAUAAAUGUGCUGAUAAUGCAUUAUGAAGAGGGUGUUCAUAGGAAAAGUUACCAAAAAUGGUAUUAGCUUCUUUGGAAGUUGGUCUGAAUAGCAACAAUCAGCUGAUGACUGUGAGCGGAUCAGACAGGGUGACAAGGUCACUGGGUCUGGAGGAAAUGGAAGAUAUUAUUCCACUUGGCCAACUCUCUACACACGAGGUCAGAAGUGAACCAGACUUGAGAAGGUGUUUAAAUGAAUUGGCUUUUGUCCAAGCUUUAUAAUAUGGCCAUUUAGUCCCUCAGCUUUAUUAUUCAUAGCGUAUCCUAGGAAACGAUCAGAUCGACUCCAUUUCAUUUACAGUAAGUCUAUACUGUGUGUAUGUACAUUGCUACAGUUCGUACUUCACUGCUCAAAGCAUGUGGCAUGACUGAAAAGGUUAUUUUUUUAUUCAUUCGAAAAAGAUACAUGUUAAGACAAGACAUGCAUUAGUCAAAUUAUCUGAUACAUGACCUGAAGCAUAUACAGCAGGAACAAAUGGCUUUGAGUGACUCUGUUAUAUCAGACUUGGGAAAAAUAUAUGAUUUUCAUGAGAUAGAGAGAGAGAUUGGAGAGGAUACUGUAGCUGAAAGAACUUAAAUCUCAGAGGACUUAAGCCAUCUGCCUCCAGGCAUAAUACCAGAAACUGUCUUCUAAGACUAGUUCAGACCGACUCUAAUGAAACCUGCUCACUGGUUAGCAUACUUAAAGGCAGACUCUACAGAUUCUGAAAAAUACAGCUGAAAUGUUGAAUACACACACAGGCAAAAGUUGCUGUAAUUUCAAAGCUUUGGAAAACAGUAACUUUCGGCUUACACAAUGCAAUUGUGGUGAGUGGUGUACAUAACGUACACCACUCACCACAACACAGGCAGAAUUUUCUUGUGAAGCUAGACAAAAAUCUAAAACCCGGCGGAGAAGAGAACAUUCCCCCGUCUCCUCUCUCAUUCAUAAAAGGGUUGCCUUUACGAUAAUACCCUGAUGGACUGCAAGGACUUUUCCAUAAAGCAAUUUCACGGGUGUAAAUUACUUACUUUUAUAUGACGGUGACACCCCUCGUUGCAAGCCGGGCCUCUUUGGGUAAAGGGUAUCUGAAAGGUAGCCACCAUUAUGGAAAGAAUCCAAGUGAUUAAAACAAACUGAAGGACAGGAGGAGAGGGAGAGAGGAGAAGAGGCUCACAGAAGCCGUCCUACAGGCAUGCCUGGGGCUGCAGGAGAAAGAGACAGAUUAAAGGGCCUGUAUUCCUUUUAAUGCCUCCAAAAGCUAGCGGACGACUCCGGCACCGGAAAACACCGGCCUUCAUUAACACUAAAUCAAUAGGCGCAAGCAGACCCCUGAUUGAUUUAAUGGCACUGUAACUGAAAGGGGUUAAAAAAUAAGCCUCACCUGCAAAGACGUGGUGCCAGGGAAGCCAGGGGUGGAGUAUAUUGAUGCUAAUGCAGAUGAGCGAGAUCUGGUGUGUUUGGGGUUCAACGCAGAGCGAUACAGAGAUCCAGUACACUGGCUGUAGAGGUACAAGACCUGGUCAAAACUCACUGACAUCAGAAUAUGACUGUAGGAUUUACAGUUUGUCUUGUAUACUUGAUUUGUCAAGUUAUUUACCUGAUUAGGGUUAUGGUUAGAAAACGUUUUUUUUUUAUCUUAAAUAAAUAUGGCAAUAAAUACAUAGAAAAAUAUUACAUGUGCCUUGACUACCAAUAUUAUGAAUCAAUAUCCUCACAAUAGAUACGGUAUAAAGUUAGCAAAUUCUUAAUUAUUUCAAAAAUAUUUCAACCACCUUUCCCAAAUAUUGUAGUUGCAGUUUAAAUCAAUAUUUUGGUAUUCAGAGAAUCAUGAAUGAUUAUUAAACUGAAACUAAUGUACAUUUUGUUUAUCCAUCUCCUUUUUAAAAUGUAGCAUAUUGUACAUCAAAUCAUUGUUAACUCCUAGUAUAAACAAUGAAGGUGUGAGGUUAUACACUACAGUAUAUCUCCUCUGUACUACCGUUAGUUGGUUGGAAAGCAAAACAAGUUAUUUCUUUCAAUUCCCUCUAUCUUUCCCUCUAAUUCUAUAUAUGUAUAUGAAAAGAAAGCAGUCAGUGAUCUAAAGUAAAUUUUUUGAACCCUUGGGAUGGUUUCUUAAACAAUGCUAUUAGUUCCUAAUAGUUUUUAAUUACUGGCCUUCUUUUUAUAUAAAUCAUUCCCCCCCCCCCAUGGAACUAUUUUUAUGGUAGAGGCUAUUUGUAGCCAUAAUUAAACUAAGAAUAUGAAUUUACUACCUCACUCAGAUUCUGACUGUUUCAGUUUUAGAGCGCCAUGAUGAAUGCAAAUACAUAUUGGUUGAGAUAACCAAUCAGCGGUUAAUUUAGCCAAAUUUAUUGCAACCACUAGAGCGUCUUCACUUAUGCUCAGGCAGACAAGGACAUAGCCAUCAGUGUAGUGUAGUGUAGUUAGGUAGUUGGUAGCUACAGAGUCACAGUGCCCCUUGGUGGUGGGUGAGGCUCACUGCAGCCAGCCUUCAUGCAGACAGUCAGAGUGAUGGGUUUGAAGCAAGCACACAAUAUUUCUUUAGAAAACCCUUUCUAUCACCUACAAUAUAAUUUUAAGCAUCUACCCGAUAAUUACACCAAUAACCUUAUGCCUAACCCUAACCCUAAAUCAAGACCCAUAGAUACAAAUUAAAUCACUAACGAACUAGUCAUGCACAUUGUUUUGCUUUUGUGUUGUUUUUAUACUGAAAUCACACACAUAUAUAGUGAUAUCUUUACAUUUGUUACAACAGAUAUAUAUUUCACCAUGAUGCACUAAUUUAUUCAUAAGUGGUCCCGAUCGACUCUCAUUCGUUCCAUAUUACACAUAUUUCUUCCCUUAUCGUUCGUUUCCAGAUCAGCACACACACUGUCCUCUGAGGUAUUUAAUAGUGUGCCCUGUGCAGCCAAGUACACAUCCCCAUUCCUGUUUUAGCCAGUCAGAGAACUUGAUUAAUGAUGGUAGGUAGAACAGAGAGCAGCACAGCCCCUCGCACAGCUGUUGGACACCACCUGAUGGUCUCUCUCUUAUCUCUUCUCUCCUCUCCCCUCUCCAUCUCUCCCUUCUCUCUCCUCUCCUCUCCCCUCUCUUCUCUCUCCCAUCCUCUCCUCUCUCCCCUCUCGUAUCUCUCCUCUCUCCUCUCUUCCUCUCUUCCUCUCCCCUCUCUCCACCCCCAGUGAUAAACAAGGGACAGUGUGUGACCAAGUACUACCGCUGGAUCCAGAAGAAUGGUGGGUACAUCUGGAUCCAGUCCAGUGCCACCAUCGCCAUCAACGCCAAGAACGCCAAUGAAAAGAACAUAAUCUGGGUCAACUACGUACUCAGGUAAGGCAGGGCUCCAUCUGUGAAACACCCAACACAUGCCAGCCAGCGCACAGAAACAGUCUGCUUCCCAAAUGGCACCAUUUUCCCUAUGUAGUGCACUACUUUUGACCAGGGCCCAUAGGGUUACUGUAUAGAGAAUAGGGUGCUAUACUUGGGAAGCACACACAGACUCAGCUACACCAGGAAGCAAACACAAGCAUUGAUUCAGAUUGGUCAUUCGUUUUCAUUAAAUAUACAUUUUUUCAUUUUUCAACCAAUGAGAUAGGGCACAUGGGACAUAAUUAAAUAGUUGUGGUAGUAUUUUAAUCAUUUCAGUAUUUUAACCAUGUAUUUUUGUGAAUUCCUAUGAAUCACAUUUUGCAUGUUUUUAUCCAAUUGUUUAAGCAUAUUUGUAGUACAUCUAUUCUAUAGCUGCCAAUUUGUCAUAAGAGGAUAAUGGCAUACUUCUGCCAGUAUUAGUUUACUGUAAGGCACUGUCAUUGUGAAGGAUUUCUGCCUUUGGCACCACUGAAUUGAUCAUUGUAGAAUUAUCUCAGCACUCUAAAGUGAUUGAGGUGUUGUUAUUGUAAUUUUUCUAAUUGAAUUUAGCUACCAGCACAAGAAGAAACCCCUCUUUCAUCAACUGUAAUAGAUGUAUCUUUUCAAUCGCCUUCCUAAUUUUUCCUCACCUCUGCAGGCCAAUAGAGCAGCUGUGAGAGCCAGAGAGCGAGGGGCUAUGCUUUAGGGACGGUUGGAUCAAUCAGAACGCUAGAAGAAUGGCAAAUGCUGUGUGCUCUGCACUCCCUGGCAGGAAUCUGUUUUAAAUUCUUCUCUAUUGGCAAAGACAAUGACUUCCUUCCUGUACUGUCUGUCUCCUGCAGUAAUCCAGAGUACAAGGACACGCCCAUGGACAUCGCCCAGCUGCCCAACCUUCCAGAGAAAGCCUCUGAGUCUUCAGAGACGUCCGACUCCGAGUCCGAGUCCAAGGAGAACUCUGGUACGGUACCAUCGAUCAAUCAAUCAAUAUAAUUGUAUUAAUGAAGUACUUUUUUGGGCUUGUGUGGCUCAGUCGGUAGAGCACGGCGCUAACAUAUACGCAAAAUGAAUGCAGGCAUGACUGUAAGUUGCUUUGGAUAAAAGCGUCUGCUAAAUAGCAUAUAUACAACAGUUGCUUGACAGUGCUUGACACUAUAACCUGGCCUAAGAUAUAUGUUCAUUUAAGUAGCAGCCAGCACUACUGUUUAGAUAUACACAAGCUGCAGGACUAUACAGCUUUGUUCAAAUAAGGAGUACAGCCAAGGGGGAGGAGAGGGCAGGAGAGGAGAGGAUGAUUUUGGGUGACAGUCUGUGGGAAGUGCCAGCAUAUUGGCCAUUGGCACCAGGCCUCCCUCAGUGCCCCCAUUCCAGCGUGCAUGGUGAGGGUUGUGGCCCAUACCAGCUGCUGCUGGGUAGAGAGUCCUCCUCAUUCUGACAGUACGGUUGGAGAGCUCCACUGCUCCAGUAUCCAGGGGGUGAUCGGGUGCCAAGACAAUGCCAUAGCGACAGACAGACAGACAGACAGACAUUAGUAUAACAGCAGUAGAACACAAUGGUAUUUUGGGGAGUAAAGAAGUGUAGUCUUCAAAUUGAGUGAUGGGAAUACUACAUAUAUCUGAACAGGGGCUCAACUUUCACUGGGGACGGGGGGGGGGGGGGGGGGGGGGGGACAUGUCCGAGCGGUCGGGUAGGCUGUUUGGAGUGUUUAUCCAACUGGAUAAAAAAUAUAUUAUAAUAAAAAUUAUGUUCCCCCCAUUUCUAAAACCAAAGUUGCGCUCCUGUAUCUGAAUAUCAUCUAUACCAAAAUAAAUAAAACAAAUCAAAAUAAAGGGCAUACAAUAUUAUUUCAUUUCCAAAACAGUGGAUUUUUAGACAUAUCAUUAUACAGAAUACAUGGAGUUUUGAGUACUGUUCAGGUCUGCAAACUAAACGGCAUCUUUCUCCCAGAAGACAACGAGAACUCCAAGUUGGACGGGAAGGGGAACCAGACUGAGAACAGCGAGGACCCGGAGACAGACAGUAAAAAUCAGCAGCAGGGACAGUCAUCCUCAGAGCAGGAGAUGAGGCGUCAGGAGGAGGGAGAUAGCUCCUCCAACCCAGAGAGCCAGGAGAGCGAGGAUGACCUGGAGCCCAGCGACUGCGAGCUGGAGACCAAGGAGGGCAGACUGGGCCGGGUGGGGGGCCUGCACAUCAAGGUGGAGCACUACGGAGAUAGAGAUGGAAGAAUGGAGCUGCACAACUCGCCGUCCUCCUCUGAAGAAGAGGAAGAUGAUGACGACGAUGAGGAAGACGAUGAUGAUGACGACAGCGUUAAAGACUGUGACAGGACCACUGAGAUGCUCGCCGCCCCCGCCGCCAGCAAGCAGCAGAAGCGUAAGAAGAGGAGGAAAAAGCAGAAGUGGGACGGUAGUCGUUCUAGACGCCUGCGCCUCUCCUCUGCCACGACCAGCCCAGGCACCAUGAACCACCUCCCCAUCGGGGGGGAUGCACCCCUCCUGCCGCCUCCCUCCCUUGCCAGUGCCUCCGUGCUCAAGAUCAAAACGGAAAUGUCCGAGCCCAUCAACUUCGACAACGACAGCAGCAUCUGGAAUUACCCUCCCAACAGGGAGAUCUCCAGGAAUGAGUCCCCCUACAGCAUGACGAAGCCCGUCCCAGCCCACGAUACCUUUCCCUCCCCGCAGCCUGGCAGUCUGCAGGUCUCCAUCCCAGACUCAGUGCUCACUCCCCCAGGAACAGAGGGAGGCGGCGGAGGUGGAGGAACCAGGAAGGGCGUACCCCCCUCCUUCAACAGUAACAGCAGCGCCCCCUCCUCGGCCUCCAGCGUGGCCAGCCUGGCCCCUCCCUCCAGCUCUGGCUCCUCCUCCGACCCCCUGUCCCCGCCCCUCUCGGCCUCGCCUCGCGACAAGCAGCAGGGUCAGGGUACUCCCACCACCUCCAACUCCUCCUCCUCCCUGCUGUACACCAGCGACCUGGAGGCCCUGCAGAGGCUGCAGGCUGGGAACGUGGUGCUUCCUCUGGUCCACCGGGUCACCGGCACCCUCGCCACGACCAGCACUGCCGCCUCCCGGGUCUACACCACUGGCACCAUCCGCUACGCCCCCGCCGACGUCACCUUGGCCAUGCAGGCAGGGGCUAACCUGCUGCCCAACAACGUUGCCCACGCUAUGAACUUUGUGGAUGUCAAUGGUAGCCCCGGCUUCGGCAUCGACCCCAAGACGCCCAUGGAGAUGCUGUAUCAUCACGUCCACCGGCUCAACAUGGCUGGCCCCUUUGGAGGUGGCGUGUCCGGUGCCAGCCUCACCCAGAUGCCAGCAGCCAAUGUAUUCACCACGGCAGAGGGACUGUUCUCCACUCUUCCAUUCCCUGUCUACAGUAACGGGAUACACACCACACAAACUCUGGAGCGCAAAGAAGAUUAA